CUCACGCAGGAAAAACCGAUUGCUUUUGUUUGACAGAGGGUUGGACUUGUUUACUGUGCCACUGGAAUGAAUACUGAACCGAAGCAAGGACAGGGUCUAACUAUGCAUGGACUUCAGAGAAACCCACAUGGAAUAUUGAGGGAAUAAUACUAAAGAGCAAAUGGCCACUCUCAAUGAAAGUCAAGAAUCCAAGAUGGAAUGUGUAUACAUUAAAGAGCGGCGACCUGAAGCUUCUGAGCAGGGAAGUCUCAAUAUUAAAGAGGAGGACCCUGAAAUAGUUACUGUCUACAUUAAAGAUGAGGACAUUGAACUGGAACCUUUUCACAGUGAAUCACAUGUAUCCAAACAUGAAAAUGUAUUAAAUAAAGGAGAGCUAGCUGAAGACAUAACAAUUAAUGAAGAGAGGACAGAACUGGAUUCCUUGCAGCAGACACUUCACAUUUCUCAUCUUGAGGAUAUCCAAAUGCAUACCUCUUCAACAUAUAAACUAAGGUUUCCUUUACCCUCUGUAACAGCAGUUCAUUCAGGAUCUACGUCUGGAAACCAUCAAGUAAACACCUUGAAUGGCUCAUAUGACUGCACUGACUGCGAGAAGAGUUUUAAUCAGUUAAGAUCCCUAAAAAAACACAGACUAAUUCACACAGUGCAGAAACCACAUCACUGUGUCGAAUGUGGGAAGUGUUUCAGUCGGGUUGAUCACCUGAAAAUACAUCAGCGGAUUCACACUGGAGUGAAACCACAUCACUGUACACAAUGUAAAAAAUGUUUUAAUCAGUUAGGGUCCCUUAAAAAACAUCAACGUAUUCACACAGGAGAUAAACCACAUCACUGUAACGAAUGUGGGAAGAAUUUCGGUGAACUGGCAACCCUUAAAACACACCAGCGCAUUCACACAGGGUUGAAACCAUAUCACUGUUUUGAAUGUGGAAAAAGUUUCAUUACAUUAGGACAACUUAAAACACACCAGACCACUCACACUGGAGUGAAACCACAUCAGUGUAGUGAAUGUGGGAGGAGUUUCAUUUCUUUAGGAAUACUUAAAAAACACCAAGGAAUUCACACAGGAGAGAAACCAUAUAAGUGCAUUGAAUGUGGGAAGAGUUUCACUGAAUUAGGAACCCUUAAGAAACACAAGCGAAUUCACUCAGGAGAAAGACCAUAUCAUUGUAAUGAAUGUGGGAAGAGUUUUGUUGAAUUAGGAAACCUAAAAACACACCAGAGAAUUCACACAGGAGAUAAACCAUAUUGCUGUAAUGAAUGUGGGAAAACAUUCAGGCAAUUAGCAUCUGUUAAAAAACACCAGCAAAUUCACACAAGAGAAAAAGUGUAUCACUGUCCUGAAUGUGGGCAAUGCAUUACUCAAACUCAUAUGAUAAAAACUCAUAAAUGCAACUUUUAAAAAUGUAGGUCCCAUGCAGAUAACACAUAUGUUUUACAAACUGUCAAUGCAAUACACUUUCUUAAAGAUUAUGACCUACAGGUACUUUUUACAGUACUCAUUAAGUGAAUUUAGAAUGUAUUCUGCAGUCAAAUAUGCUGUUUUAUGUGUCUUUGUAAUGGUUAUCUGGAAACUGUUAACACAAUAGGUAGACACUCAGCUCUGCCUUUAAAAUAACAGCAUUAAUACCUAAUUGGGAUGGGCACUGUAGAUUAUAUAUCAGCUUCCAGAUCUAGCGGGCUUCUAUUUUGCAUAGAUGCCCGCUGGAACGUUGAAGUGCUUAACUGUGAAUUC